CAACCUGUAGAGGACUUAAAUAGCUACCUCCCUCCUGAUUUAAGUCUGCGUCAAGAAAAGUUUCACCGCACACGUGCGUUCUGUGUGCAAAAAAAGUACUCCAAUGACCCGCACCCAUCAUGUGAAGCCUUCCCGAGCCAACAUCAUGUCUUCACCAGCUAUCGGAAAACAAAAGAAGUCAGCCGUGAAGCCUCGCCAAAAGAUGCAUCUUGAAGGAGAAAUUCAACCUGUGAAUGGCAUCAUAGAGCUACCAAAUAUGACACGGCAGAUCAUUACCUGUUCAAUGGGAUCUAGCUCACUUCGAGUCUGGGACUUGGAGAGCGGCAUGCAUGUCGGGGAGUGGAAGGAUGAAGGAAGUAAUAAAGGAGUACUUUCCAUGGCAUUGUCGCCAGACGGCAAGACAGUUGCAUGCGGGUGUGAGGAUGGCAUAGUGAGAUUGUGGGACAUUAGCAGAAGCAGGGUCAUCAAAACAUGGACGGAGCACACAGCUGCUGAUCAUCACUACGCAGUGAUAUCUAUCUCCUGGAGUCCAAACGGAGGGAAAGUGGUGUGCGGAAACAUGGAUGGCAUGUUCAGAGUGUGGAAUGUAAAGAGCGGAAAGAUCAUCCUUGGACCGAUCGAGAUUGGGGAGUAUGUGUACGGUGUUCGCUACUCAACUGAUGGAAAGAUGAUUUCCACCGGAGGAAACAUGCUGAGAGUUUGGGAUGCCAACACAGGUGAACAGCUCAAAACACUCGAGUUCGGCAUCGUUGCAGACAUGGCAUGGACCUCAGAUGGAAGCACGCUUAUCACCGGGAGCAGGAGGUUCGACACCUCAACUUGGACUGAAAUCAAUGGCGAAUGGCUUGCCGGUUCCUCAAUGGAUACUAUCUUAUCUCCCAAUGAGCGCAUCCUUGCAAGCGUACCGACAGCUGACAAGCACACAGUACAACUAUGGAACCUCGAAAACCAUCAGUGCAUAGGGCCACCCCUACAUCAUGAAGAUGAAGACGAGGUGUCCAGCGCCGUGUUUGCUGCAGAUGGUAACUUAUUCGUGACUGGCUGCGACUCCGGCUGCGUAUACGCAUGGGAUGUCUCUGCUAUUGCCAUCGAAGCUGGGCUUGAUGGCCUUCUAACUGCAGCGAAGGCUGUCAAGCCAUUCGUAGAUGUCAAUAUUACAGGACGACGUGCACCCAAGAUUGAAGGUGUUCGUCGAAUACCACCAGGGUUUUUUGACGACCAUGUUAAUUCGUCAACAUCACGCGGUCACCGAACUGCAGCACCACUGCGGCCCAGUCGCUCAUCCUCCCACAACAUUCUUAGCCUGGCUCAAAAUUUUCUCUCUAGUAUGUUACGCAGACGAGAUGGAUCGGCUAUACGGUUACCACCAGUAGUCGAGGUCCCGCUAACAGCGGGCAAGCCGGUACAUUUGUUUCUCUAUAAGUUCUUUAACACUAACACAUUUUGACAGAGGAAUUAUCAUGCCAGAAAGAAGCCCUCUACCAGCUCCUCUCAGCUUCACAA